CUUUUUUCCUGCUCGGCAAUCAAGCCCUGGAUAACCACACCCCUGCAACCGAUCUUUGCUUCAAGCAAUGCGUCUCUCUGCUUUCUUCCAAGCCUUCUGGGCUGUAGCGACAAUCAGCACUGGACUGGUGGUUGCUGCGCCCAGGGGCCAACCCCAUGCUUCCCUCAACAAAAGAACGACAACCUACUUCUGUGACAGUUCUGCAACUGCGACCCUGACAUAUUCAAUCGGUGAAAUGAUAGAAAUGUUGACGACCGCCAUUGACCGCACAAACAGCCUCCAAGUCUUCCUCGCGGAUCCCCCAAACCACAUCAGCGGCCAGGGACAAUUGCUGCAGUCCACCUUCUAUACCUUCGAGGCAAUCUUCGGUCAGCUGGAAUACGGCGCAGGAGAUGGCCAAAAUGACGCAGCAAUCGCCAGAGUAGAACAAGUUUUGAGCAUUGCUAAGACUAUGCAGUCUUCUCUGCGGACUAUCGGCUCCAAUGAGCACAUGGAAAUAUACUGCAGUGACUUCUGGCUCGUGGAAGAGGAUCCCGAAGGAGAUAUCAGUCUGAUCAAUCCCUACCUUUACUGGGACAAUCGAGAUACACGGACAGGGCCCCGUGCAAUGGAUUUCGCAGUGGCAAACGGAAUCUGCCGAGACAAAGCGAGCCACUAUGCAUGGGUGGACCCUUACAUGUCUUCCAGCCAGACCUCCAGUGGACAGACGACCGUGAUGACCCUGUGCCAGGAUUAUGUUUCUCAAUGGGUGUCGAGGCAUCAGUCCAGCGACACGAUGACUGCCGCUUCCCAGCAGAACUACGCGGCCAAUUCGGUCCAUAUCAAUCAAUUCCAGGGCCUAACAAUGAGCACGGCUUUGAUGCACGAGUUCACGCAUGCCCCGGCUAUUGUGGGCGCCAAUUACCUGAUCGAUGAGAAAUGUGAAAUCGAUGGCAUCAAACAAAGCGCCUAUGGUUGGGACUGCAUUCGACAGCUUGCGGCAACACCGAGCACUGCCAUGAACAAUGCAGAUUCAUUUUCGUUCUAUAUCAGCGCCAUGUACUUGUCAACGAGCGAUUGGUCGACUGGGUUCUCCAAUCCCAUUCCCCAGGAUACAACUCCUGCCUACGAUGAUGGUCUUGCGAGCAUGAUGUCCAAGUUGACGAUUGACUAA